UUCAUUCUCGUGAGGAUUUGUGUCUGAAUCAGCAAGCCCAGCUCACUGUUCAAUGAAGAUUCUCAGCAAUUAAUUGAAUAUUCCUUCACAAUGACCAUCACCACCUCACCCGACGAAAAUGACGUCAACAAGGCCGACGACAGCGACACCAAGCAAGCCUCCGCCUCUGCUAGCGAGGUUACUCCGCUCUUAGCCGCAUCGCCCGUAGCCACGACGGCCGACUCCAAUGUCGCCUCAGCCGUCGCGGGGGAGGACGAGUCCCUCCUCCCUAAGCCCGAUGAGAAGGAAUUGCCUAAGUUACAGAUCUUACUACUCUGCUACGCGCGGCUCAUCGAACCCAUUGCUUUCUUCUCCAUCUUUCCAUAUAUAAACCAGAUGGUGCAGGAGAACGGACAACUGGACGAAGCAGACGUAGGCUUCUACGCCGGGCUCAUCGAGUCCAACUUCUCGCUAGUCCAGAUGCUCGUAAUGAUGUUCUGGGGCCGAGCCGCCGACCGCUGGGGCCGCAAGCCCGUCCUCGUCGCCUCGCUGAUCGGCCUGUCGAUCUCCACCUCGCUCUUCGGCCUCUCGCGCACCAUCUGGCAGAUGAACCUGCUGCGCUCCCUAGCCGGCGUCUUCGCCGGCACCAUCGUCACCAUCCGGACCAUGAUCUCCGAGCACAGCACCGCGCGCACCCAGGCCCAGGCCUUCAGCUGGUUCGCGUUCAGCGGGAACCUGGGUAUCUUCAUAGGCCCCUUGAUCGGAGGCGCGCUCGCCGAUCCCGCGCACCAGUAUCCCCGGGCGUUUGGCGGCGUUAGGUUUUUCGAGGAGUAUCCUUACAUGUUGUCGUCGAUCGUCACUGGGUGUAUUGGCCUGACAGCCGCACUUACAAGCGCAUUGCUCAUCGAAGAGACCCUGAAGAAAGACAAGCGAAGCAACCCCAAUCCCAAUUCCACCAACGCCGACGACGACAGCGAAGCAACAGCAGGCGCCCCCAGACCCUCCUCACCCAGCACCCUAGACCUACUCAAAGCCCCCGGCGUCAAGAUCGUACUGUACAACUACGCGCACGUGAUGCUCCUCGGCUUCGCGUACACGGCCAUCGUCCCCGUAUUCUGGUUCACCAACGUUCAGCUCGGGGGAUUCGGCUUCACGCCUCUCCAAAUCUCCCUACUCCUCGGCCUAACCGGUCUAUCGCAAGCGAUAUGGCUCCUGCUCAUCUUCCCUCCGCUGACGAACCGGCUCGGCACCAACGGCGUGCUGCGAGCCGCGGGGACCGCGUACCCGUUCUUCAUGGUCAUCAUGCCGUUCAUGAACCUGAUUCUGUACCAGGGCACGCACGCCGCGGAAACUGCGUUCUGGGUCCUUAUGCCGAUACUACUAGUUCUCGGUUCCGGCGUCAGUAUCGCGUUUACCGGAGUUCAACUCGCGCUCAACGACGUCUCGCCCUCGCCGGAGACUCUCGGCACGUUAAACGCGAUGGCCCUAACGGUCGCGAGCGGUCUACGCGCUUUCUGCCCUGCGCUCUUCACGAGUUUGUUUGCCGUUAGUGUUAAAAAGCAGCUCCUCUGGGGCUAUCUAGUCUGGCUUGUUCUCGCCAUUAUGGCCGUCGGUUUCACCAUUUCGACGCGGUUCUUGCCACCGACUAGCGAGAAGGGCUAUGAGCGCGUGGCAGCGGAGUCGGAACGGGAAGGUGAUGAGUGAAGAAACUAAAAAUGAAAAAGGGCUUGCGAGAAGGCUAGACAUCACCAUUAGUGUAGGAACUAGAAAUGUGUCUUGGCCUAAUGUGAGACAUGGGCCAGUACAGCUAAAACGAAGACAGCGUCUUGGACAAAUAUGGGCUAGACUGCAUCUUAAAGUGCUGAGUCUCAUUUGUGUCUCAUUCCCUUGAGACGACCAUGUC